CAACAGUGCUUGUUCCUCAACAUCCAUCAUCUAACCUACCCCGCCCGACAUGGCCUUGAUUGAGGUUAUCGCCAACGACCGUCUUGGACGCAAAGUUCGCGUCAAGUGUAGCCCCGAUGACACCGUUGGGGACCUCAAGAAACUAAUUGCUGCUCAAACCGGAACUGAUUACACCAAGAUCCAGUUGAAGAAAUGGUACACCAUCUACAAGGACCACAUUACCCUCUCUGACUACGAGAUUAACGACGGAAUGAGCUUGGAGAUGUACUGAAUGUCGAUAAGACUACUAGACUCUUCAUUUGCUAAGGAUGAACGUGUAUUAUGGCGUGUACAUGUAUUGUAAACAUUUCUUCGAUAACUGAUUGGAACGCAAGUAAGUUUUAGAAAUGCGAUCUCCAGGCGAUCCGCUCUUAUCCCUAUGCAUACAGUCAUGCUGUCAUCGCUGAAUGCCG